GAACUUGGAUCUCAUCUCUACAUCUGUCCAUUUGAUCAAAUUGCUUCAUGGAAUACAAGUCAAAGACGACUUGUUAUUGACAGCUCUUCGUUGUAGCCUCCAAUUUCUUGGAAACAUUGCAGCAGGAAACGUAGAUUCCCAGAAUAGCAUUUGGAAGUGUGCUUUCCCAGAUCUCUUCUUAACGUGCCUAACGUACAAUGAUGAGAAAGUUGUUGCCUAUUGUUGUAUGGUCCUGUUCACCUGCCUUAAUUUGGAGAAAGUGAGAACACUACUGGAUCCUGGGAACUUGACUGUGGCUCUCCAUGUCCUGAAAGUCUACAAAGAGCAGUUGGAGUCUGAGUGGUCGUUCUUGAUUGUUACAGACCAUUUGCUGAAAUGUCCAGAGUUGGUAAAAGCCCUCUAUGCCAAACUGAGCAAUCAAGAAAGAGUUACUUUGUUAGAGCUGAUAAUGGCAAAAGUAAGUGAGAAGAACCCAGUUACCAGUGAAGAAAUGAAUGUGUUCAUGAGACAUGCUGACUUCCUUGCAGGCUGUUUCCAAGAGAAAUGUGAAGCUGUGCUCAAGUUAACUUCUGCAGUGGAUGCAGAAGAUGAGGAAGCACUGGUUACAAUUCGUCUUCUUGAUGUUCUUUGUGAAAUGACAUCAAACAACGGACAGCUAGAACAUCUACAGGCUUUGCCUGGUUUGCUGGAAACAGCCAUAGAUACCCUGCGAUUAACUCAUCUUGCUGGGAAACAAGCUGUAAAUAUUUUCACUGCCACACAUGCUAUGACGGGGCAGGAAGAAAUUUCACAUCCAGCUGUGGGUUUUAAAUCUCAUCUCAUUCGUUUGAUUGGAAAUCUGUGUUACAAAAAUAAAGAAAACCAAGACAAGGGUAGAGAUGGAAAAUCUGAGGAAUGCUACCCUCUUUGUCUGACAAAUGCUAAUAAUACGGGCAUAUACAUGGGAAAUAUGGCAGUCUCCAUACAUAAACAUAUCCUUGUGAGGACAGGGCAAGCAGCCCGUAUCAUUGCACAGAUAAGAAAACUGAAGUUUCGAGAUGAGAGUGAAUUGUUCGAAGUGGUGCAGUGGUCAGACCUAGAACUGAAUGAAGAUGAG